AUGAUUUCUUCUCUCCAGGAUUUCAAAACCUACGUGGAUCAAGCUUGUAGAGCUGCGGAUGAAUUUGUCAACAUUUAUUAUGAGACAAUGGAUAAAAGAAGAAGGGCUUUAACAAGACUUUAUUUGGACAAAGCAACGUUAGUUUGGAAUGGUAAUGCGGUGUCCGGGCAAGAAGAACUGAAUAAAUUUUUUGAAAUGUUGCCAUCUAGUGAAUUCCAGGUUAAUGUGUUGGACUGCCAGCCUGUUCACGAGCAAGCUACUCAAGGCCAGACGACAGUCCUCGUGGUGACAAGUGGGACAGUAAAAUUUGAUGGCGACAAGCAGCGCUACUUCAAUCAGAACUUCUUGCUGACAGCACAAGCCACACCUACCAACACAGUGUGGAAGAUCGCCAGUGACUGUUUCCGCUUUCAGGACUGGGCCAGUUAGUGAGGGCUGGCUGCGGGACGUGACCUCUCUCAUUCGACAUGUUGAAGUUAGCUGUACAGACAGCCGUUCUCGCCGCAUGGGAAAUGCUCGCUCCUCGUGUUGCAUGUGUCAUUAUGGGAGGUCUACAGAUGAUUCAGGGUGGAUCCCGGUGACCGUGGGUUUAGUAGUAAACAAUCUUAAAAUGUGAGAGGUUGCUCAUGUUAGUUGAACGUAAUAAAAUGCUGAAGGCAGUGAGCUGUGUAGGAAUCAUUCCUAAAAUGCCUUACAUGCAGCUAUGCUGCCACUUCCAGACUUCUUGUAUGUAAUGCUGAAUGAACUCUGCUACUGUUUGAACACAAAAUCCUCUUAAUGUACAAUUCUGACCAAACGUGUAAUUUUUUCAACUUGAAAAGAUCUGUUUUUACAGUAGCUUCUUCCCUCUUUUGAAGAAGAUGCUUGUGGCAUGUAGAGAGAAUUCUCAAAGCUACCUACUCUUGGUUGUAAGAGGCUAGGAAGGAUUGACAAUGAUUUCUACUGUUUGUGAAAGUAGCAAAUAUAGCUCCCGAGUGUGUAACCUCUCAAUCCGUUGGAAAGCUAAUGUUGCCUUCUCUGAUAUGGAAGGACGAAAUAAUCUCAUCAGGUUUCCUUUUGGCUUAAGCUUCUUAGACUUUGGUUGUAGUUAAUUUACAUUGAUUUGUAUGUAGGGCAUGCGGAAUGAUUCAGAGCUCCUAUGCCAACAACUCGUCACAUGCACGUGAAGGACUUCAAACUGAUUAUUUUUCUUUUGAAGUCUCACAGUGUAAGAAAUAGGUCAGUUACAUCAUUUCUGUUUGCUUUAACUGUUAAUUCUGUUGCUAUGAAGUUUGGACUAUUCUUCCCAUAUUCAGUCUGCAGGUUUUGAAUCCCUACUGCCUUUUCAGGAAACAUUGUAGUAAAAAAGUGACACUGAAAGUGUGUAUUACUGUGAAGCCUUCAAUUUUUCUCUUCAGUACUGUUAUUCAGAACAGGUGCUUUGAUUAUUUUCAACUUAGAAGAACAGCUCUGAACACAAAUACCAUCUUCCUCUCAUGCAGGUUUUUACUGUAGUUCUCAUGUUACUUUUAAAUAUUACCUUUCGUUAUUGAUUCUGGGGGUUUUUGUGUGUCUUGCUUCAAAUUUGCAGUUUAAAGCUUUCAGCUGCUUUAAAAUAGUUUUCCAGACUACAGGUUAAGACUGUCCAUCUUAACUUGGGAACUUAAGAGUAAAUCUGAAUAUCAGCAGACUUGUUUCAAACUGGUACGUUUCUAUUUUAAACUGAGUAAAAAAAAAAAUCAAAAUUUAGCUAUGUGCGUGCGAGUACGCUUGCUUGUAACUGAAAACACAUGAGGGGAACUUGUAACUCUGAUCUUAAUACAUGUUGCAAUGACAGCAGCAACCUGAAUACAAAAGUGGUUACGGCUGCAGCUCACUUGUUUUUAUGACUUGCAUCGCAAUGAGCAAUAUCUAACUUGUGUAAAACAUCUUAAAACAUCUGUAGUUUGUGAUAUAAUCCCACCGAUAAUGGGAUGUUUAGGUGAAAUGGGUGGGUUUAUUUCCUUUUAAGGCACUCCAGUCUUUACAUCAGUAAGUUGGAGUUGGUAACCCGUCUCUAUUCAGAAGCUGUUUGUGUUCUGAACUAUUGUGUAACUAUUUUUCAGCCUGAAGAAUAUGAAUUCCUGCAAAACAAUGCAAGAAGUCCAGAAUUUUUGAAAACUGUAAAUACAUUGUUAUUUCUGUAUGUAGUGAAUGAAAGGAUCCUUCUCUUUCAUUACUGUUUGUUCUUAACAGAACAUGUGAGAGACACACUUCUAUCUGUACCUGAUAAGCUUGUCCUGGGAAUAAAUGCUUACUGGAUAUUUUUAUGCAAGUUUUAAUUUUUAUAGUAGUUUUUAAGCUUUUUCUAGGCAGAUUGGGAGAUUCAGAAUAUAUGAGGCAAUGUUUUAGUCAAAUGUUAUUUUCGUGUUAUUCCAAUGCAGGCUGCUUUGAAACCUGACUUCUGCAAUUAAUA